GUAAAAUCCAUACGGCUGUGCAAACAGACGGUCUGACUCCGCAGGCGCAUAUUUAAUUUCCAUUGACGGAUCGGCGACGCCGCGGCAUUAUGUCGUUAUCAACGACAACGCCGUCACACGUUUGGUCGUUUAUAAUAUUGUUGUUGCAAUUUAUAUUGUGUUUUCUGGUAAUAUUGUACGUGGAACAGUUUCGGCGGCGGCGACGCAAUUUCCACAACAAUUUAGCACGGAACAGGCAAAGGCAAAGGCGACAGCGAGCGGCGGGCGGCGACGCGACGACGGCGGCGGCGGCUGCGGCGGCGGACGUGGAAGGGAUCGGUCACGGGGAGCGUGUCGGUUGACGACGGCGGCGAGUCAAAGCCGUACCGUUCUCGCGCUCAACAGGUCCGGCGUUAUAUCUCCGUGCGCCGUGUGGUUCGCAGCAGAUUUAGCGGUGUGCCACAUCGCGGCCGACAGACCGUCGACGCGCCCGGUAAAUAUUCAGCGCCAUAUCGUGUGUAACGACCCGAAAUAUAACAGUAUUGUACUAUACAUUAUCAUCCGUUGCCGCGUAGGUAUCGUGCCUAUAAUUAUAUAGUUUUCCAAACUUUCCGUUCUCCGCAACGACCAAAUAUCUGUGCAGUGCGCGUGUUUCGUCGCUCGUUCCGUGCACACCCACAAACCCGCACACACACAGUACGACAUAUUAUUAUAUUAUUAUACGUCCAUAUUAUAGCCGUCUCGCGGGGCUAAACGUGAGAGCGGCUCGGCGCGCGUGCGUGGGUGCGUGCGCGUUUGCAUCCCGCGCCCCAUAAAAAAAACGGUUCGCUCGUCGGAUCUCCGGCCCGUGCGUGGACGACGGGCGCCGUGGUACUCGUCCGCGGACGGUUCUGCGGUUCCACUCUGCCGGUGGUCAUGACGUUCCGGACCAAGGGCCUCAACAAGCAGCAGCAGCAACAACAGCUACAGCGGGGACAACAGGAUUCGCACUAUCCCAACAACAAUCACCGACAGCACCGGAACCGUUACGACGACGAGGACGGCGGCUGCGAUGACGAAAAGACCGGCGCGCCGGCCGACCGUCAUCAGCCACCGUCGUCCGCAGCUUUGGGCGGCGGCGGCGGCGGAACCAAUGCGGCUUACGGUCCCCGGCGUCUUGUCGUACAACACAAGGUGAUAACUUCUCCUAGUAAUUCUAGUGGAACAUUAAAUCCUGAAGCACACGAAUUCAAGUAUAAGUCAAUGACUGCAAAUCUAUCAAAGUCUGACGAUGAACCAAAUAAAAAAAAAAAUGCGGAAAACGGAAAUAAGAAUAAAGGAUAUAUAUACAUGAAUGGGGACGUAGGGAAAAUUUCAAUUGGGACACAUUAUAGUCCCUCCGAACCACUGACUGUUUCUACUGCCACGAACACUUCUUACAGUUCCAUAAAUGGAAGUUAUGAAGUGCCGGCAUCGGAUAGUAGAAGUGGUACAGUAAUUUUAACUGGAAAAAAUAGCACAAUGGUUAACGCAGAGACUUCUACUGAAAAUAUGCCUUCGCAAUCAGUAGAACAACUCAAACAACUUUUAUCAAAUCAGUUAGAAUAUUAUUUUUCAAGAGAGAAUUUGGCAAAUGAUGCAUACUUAUUGUCACAAAUGGACAAUGACCAAUAUGUUCCAAUAUGGACAGUUGCCAAUUUUAAUCAAGUAAAAAAAUUGACUAAAGACAUUAAGUUGAUCACUGAAGUAUUGAGAGAGUCGCCAAAUGUGCAAGUUGAUGAUGAAGGAUUAAAAGUCCGCCCAAAUCACAAACGUUGUAUUGUUAUCUUGCGGGAAAUUCCUCAAACUACUCCAAUUGAAGACAUUAAGGGAUUAUUUGCUGGUGAAUCAUGUCCUAAAAUGAUAUCAUGCGAGUUUGCUCAUAAUAAUUCAUGGUAUAUCACUUUUGAAAAUGAUGAAGAUGCACAAAGAGCAUUUUUGUAUCUUCGCGAAGAGGUCAAAGAAUUUCAGGGUCGACCUAUAAUGGCACGUAUCAAAGCAAAGCCAAUGAAUCGCAUGGCUGCACCAAUAUCACCUGUUCCGGUUAUAAAAACAGUAAAUGGUUUUAGAACUCCGCCAAUGCAAGCUCAACCUAUCAAUCCAUAUAUAGAUCAAGGGGUUACACAAUCUGGGCCUCCCGCUCCACCCCCACAACAUCCUCAAGCUGCCAGAUUGUUUUAUACAAAUGGAGGACCAGCUCAAUAUGCUCCAGUCAAUUAUGCUGCUGCUAAUCUGCAAGUAUAUUUACAGCAGCAGCAACAGUCUCCAUAUUAUCCUACAAAUAUGAUUCAACAUUGGGCUCAUCCUGCGACAGGUGCCUAUUACACAACUGAUCUUAGUGGCAUAUUUUCUGUGAAUGGAUUGGCUCCCCAAGGAAAUUUUACUAAACCUCAGAAUUCAAGAUAUAAUGUUUCACGUGCUCCUGGUCGAACCAAUGGAAAAAUGCGUCAUAAUUCUGUUGGUGGUAGUGAAUAUUACCGAAGUUCAGCUUCAGAUAGUGGUUUACCAUCUCGACCUGGUAGUUACACAUCUAAUGGAAGUCUAACUAAGUCAUCUAGUAGUAGUGGAUCAUUGCAUAUUUCCAAUGCAACCAGAAACUAUGUUGACAAUCAAGAUUCAACUGUAGUUGAUAGACAGUCUAGUGGAACAAUCAACAUCCCAAAAGAUCCCACAACAUUGCCACCAAGGUAUAGGCGAAGGAAGAAAGAUGAUGAAGUAGGACCAGAAGUUGUAACCACAAGUACUAUACCUCAACCACCAACUGGUAGUUUUGAUUUGGCUGCUGAUGCGUUCCCUCCGUUACCACCUCAAGUUGUGUCCAUACCAAACCAGUCACCAACUUCAUUGCCCCAUGACCAGUUGUCACCUCGUAUUAACAUUGAUCCUAGGAUUACUGUAAUUUCAACCUCGAGUAUUUCAACAGUUCUGUCUGAACCCUCUGUAUCUAAGACUGAUGAUGAUAUAGACCAAACUGUUAAGUCAGAGAGUCUACCAAAUGGUUUACAAACAGUGCCUCCUGUUGGGUUUGUACCUGUGACUGAAAUCGUUGAUGACGUAUCAAAUAUGUCUUUGAGCUCUGUUAAUUUGCUCCCAAAGGUUCAGGAUAUUGUUACGACUUCGAAUUCUAUAAUAAAUCCUACAGAUAAGACUGUAAUGCCAGCGAAAUCUGACAUGCCACCUACUACGCCUAAAGCCAAUGGUACAUCUCUUAAUACUAAACCAAUUGUACCAAAUCAUAAGGCUGCUUUGCCAUCACAAUGUGCUUGUGUCAUACCACAACCACCUGCUACAUUUUCUGCAGAUAUGGCUAACAACAAUCCUGUUCUUAACGGGAAUGGUUCUCCAAAUAUUGGUCAUAAACUAAGUUAUGCACAAGUAGCACAGCAUCACAAAGAAAGGAAUGAGAGCCACAUUCCUACCAUUAUAACAUUUGGGCAAUCUCCUAUUAUAGAAGAAGAAAAAAAAGAUGAAACCAUACCUGUUGUGAUACCCCAAUCUAAGCAAUCAAACCUUACAGCAGAGGUUCCUCUGACAAAUCGGUCUGGUAAAGGACACAGAACAGCAAAUAGUGAACGGGGAACAAUACCAAGGAAAGGAUCAUCAAAAUUCAAUCGUACUAAGUCUCCUAAGUAAAAUGUAGAUAAGGCCUGAGUAUUAGUUGUGACUCAACAUAAUAAAUAUAACGGUUCU